UCUAAGAGCAAGAUUUUCUGAGAAAAAAAUUUCCCCAUCCAUCCAAUUUUCCAUACGCUUCAUCACCAAAUGGAGAGAUCAGGGGAUAAUACUUGCCAUCGAAGCUGCGGUUCGUCCCUGAGAAGAUCGGGCGAAUCCCUUCUUGCCGGUUUUAUGGAAAGAGUUAGAGAUUCAGAAUCUCCAGAUUCAAUCCUCAUCCGAAACGACCUGUCCAUUGAAGCCCCAUUCACUCAGUCGCUAGCCGAGUUCAUUGGGUUGGAGUUGUAUGAGGCUGUCAAUGUCGCAUUUGAAGCAAGAAGGCGGCCGGCCCAGCAAGAGGAAGAGAUUAAUAAUAGUAAUCAAGCCACCGUCGAGUGGAAGAAGUGGAUGCGAGUUGGAAAUGAUGAAAGUACGAAUGUCCAAGUUGAACAAAAGGAAGCAAGUGUUCUUGGAAGCUGUGGCGAUGAUCAAUCUAAGAGGGUCGAAGUCGAGCAAGAGGAAGAUAACGCUUGUGACUGUAAUGGUGAUAGAAUGGUGACGAUUCGUGAUCAAGAAUCGGUGGAGAGAUCUCACGGACAGAGAAGAGAUGCUGAUGCUGUCACGCUCGAUAGCACUAACUUGAGUCCAACGGAUUGGCCAUUGCUAAAUCGUGGAAUGGAGGAUCAAAGGGCAAGAUUCUUGAUCAAGAAUCGACAGCGAGGUGACUCGAACAGAGAAGUGACGUCGAUCAUGGAGCCGAGCACGAGAGCAUUGUUGAAUGGGCUAGAUUUCGAAUAUUUAUUGGAACAAGAUAAGAAGAAGAGGGAAGCCAAGAAGAAAAGGGAGGAACAAAAGAGGUCAUCCCGGAAGCCAAAGAAAGACAGACCAUGA